AUGCGAAAGUGCCCACAUCAUCAAAUAGAAAAGUGGGAAUUGGUCAAAUGCUUUGUACGGGGUUUGGACGACAACACAUGGAACCGACUUGAAUCAACGAGCAAUGGGACCCUUCUAAGCAACCACGAAGAUGAUGAUUGGGAGUUUUUGGAGCGGAUGAGCAAACGGUCAAAGGAAAAGGAAUCGGCCGACCGAGCCAAAAAGCACCCUACCUCAAGGUCAUGGCCCGAUCGUGAUGCAAGUUCUAAGGAUCGGAUUGAUAUGUUGGAGCGGGAAUUGGCCCGCAUGAAGAAGAAGGAAGUGGGUGCGGUACACUAUAGCGUAUGUGAAGAAUGUGGUGACAUCGGUCACCGGACCGAGAAUUGUCAAGCCACCGUGGAGGUGAAUCAAGUGUAUGGGGACCGAAGGCAAUAUGAUAUGAACUCUAACACUUACCACCGCGGGUUGAGGAACCAUCCUAACUUUAGGUAUGGUAAUGCCUUUAACCAAAUGAAUCCGAAUUUCCAAUCUGGAAGUCAAGGCGGGUAUUCGCACCAAACUCGCCAAAGAGGUUACAACCAAGAUGGUCACGGGUUGACGAAUAAUCAAGGAGGUGGUGGUGAUUUGAAUGCAAAGAUGGAUGCAAUGCUUUCGAUGAUGCAAGAGUCCAAGAAAGAGAAUGAAAUUCGGGACAAAUCGCAUGAAGCAUUAGCAAAACAAGUGGGCCAACUUGCGGAGGAAAUGGCACAAAUGAGGGGGAGCAUGGGAAAGCUCCCAAGUGACACCACGGUGAACCCUAAGCAUCAAAUUUCAAGCACGGGCAAUGUGAGGAAUGUGCAUAUUAGCGCGGUAAGUCUUCUUUCAAAUGAUGAGGUUUGUAGUAGUGUUGAAAGCAUUCCACCACAAUGCGUUGAUGGUGUAGUGGGAAAUACAAGAGAUGAGUUGGAAAUUGAGGAACGGUACCCACCGAAGGAUGAGAGGUGGGAAAAUUUUAAACAAGCAAAAAUUAAUUUACUGUUACUCGAUGACAUUAAAAAGGUUCCGGCUCAUGUGGAAUGCUUAAAGGAGUUAAGCAUCGAAAGACGACACAACAAAUUACCCGAACCGGUUGAUUUGAUAUCACAUGUUAGUGCCGUUCUAUCGAGUGCCAUUCCUCAAAAAGCUCAAGAUCCGGGAGAUCCACUUAUUCCAAUUCAAAUUGGAACCUUCAAAAUUAAGAGGGCGCUCCUCGAUCUUGGAGCUUGUGUGAGCAUUUUACCCGGGAGUUUGUAUGACCAAUACGAUUUUGGUCCAUUAAAAAAUUUUGAUAUUCCCGUGGUAUUGGCCGAUCAGACUCCCACGCAUCCAAGGGGGAUGGUGGAGGAUGUGAUUGUUAAGGUGGAUGAUUGCUACUACCCAGUUGACUUUUUGGUAGUAGACUAUGUUGGGUGUGUUGAGGAUACCCAACCGGUAGUUAUCUUGGGUAGACCGUUCUUGGCAACUGCUAAUGCCAUAAUAAAUUGUGCAACGGGAACAGUAAGCAUGAAGUUUGGGGACCGGGAAUUAAAUUUAAAUGUUUUUCCAAAUUUCACUAACCCGCUCGGUGAGGAUAAGUGUCUUAAAAAGGACAUGAAUCCAAACAAAAAGGUGUGUGCUAUGGUUGGUAGGUUUGGAGAAACAAAGAAGAAGACGGUCAAGAAAAAGAAGGCGACGAAGUCACCUCUAGAAAAGAAGAAGGAAGAGGAGGUGAGGAAGUUUGGACCGUUUGGCAACAAAUGGUAUGAAUCACCGGUGGAUGAUUUCGAGGAGUUCGUAGGCGGCAAGCACGCCAUUCGACCACCAUGA